AAAUCAUAAAACAUAUAAUUUGACCAGAUCGUUACAUAUAAUAAUAAAUCUAAUUACCAUAUCAUUUUUAUUAAUUUAAAAUGUUUAUACAAACAAUCCGCCCUAUAGUAUAAAGUUGCUAACUUCUCGCAUUUCACAUAAAAAAGGUAAAGCGAAGAACAAACGAUCGUCGGCCGUUGGAUCUCUCGAGAUGUCACUCUCCAGACUACACAAAUUCAAGCUCUUUGCGGCAAAUCGCAGCUUGGAGGCACCCGCCGGCGCCAGUAACCCCUCAAUGAGUCCAACGAAGAGCCCUGUGUUUCAUCUCCAACGACGCAAAACCCUGCGUACGCUAUUCGAGAAGAGCUCCGACAGCCGCCGACGGAAUCUCCGUCAGAUCCUCGAAGAAUCGGCGGAAUUUGAUGGAAACUCCGGGAAGAAGAAGAGGGGAAGCCACCGUGCGAGGCGUAAGUUGAAAGAGCUGAUGAUGGUCGCAUCGCCGUCUCCGCCGUUUAGUGGUGGGGAGGAGAUCGACGACGGCGGAGAAGCGAGGGGUGGUGUUUCGUCGGUUACGGGCGGAUCCGUUACUUCUAACGGUGACGGCAGAGAAUUAAUGACUCGACGAUUCGGUUCCUCCGGUCCGGUUCAAUCGUUUCGGUUAAGGAUUUUGAGGAAAUCUUGGCGACCAGUCCUGGUUUCCAUUCCUGAACAAUAAAAACCUUUUUCUAAUUCUUCUUUUACUGUUAAAAGGCAUUUUAUUAGAAAAAAAAACUUUUUCUAUGUUUUAUUUUCUUAUAUAGCUUUUAUAUGAAAUGUUAUAGUUAAAAAUGUCUUACUUUCCAUGGCCGUUUCUUUGUUCUGACCGCUAUUAUAAGAUUUGCAUACUAUGUAAUCGGUUCUCUCUUAACAUCGAAAGAUUGUGAAUA